CCACCUCUUCUCAUCGCCUUAUCUCUCCCACAAUGCAUUGCGAUCACUCGUUGGAUCAUGGACCAAAGCGACAAUGAUCUUCAAGGAAGUGAUGGUUCUGGGUGUUUGGGUGGCCCAGAUGUUCGCAGACGAAUCCCCAUCAAACUCAUAUCCAAGCAGCCCUUAAGGAGCAAACCUCCGCCCCGCACCCAGAGACCCAGCAGCAGACCCCUGAAAGUGGAGCCCGGAGAAGAUGAGAAAUUUGGCUUCAAGCAAGAGGAGAGAUUUGAUUGUGGAGCUAAAGCUGGUGAUGUCUUUGCAAAUCAGAGAAGAUUCCCCCAGGCACUGUUUUGGGACUUUAAGUUGCAUUUGAUUGGAGAAAAGGAUGACGUACCAGUUCACUUUUGUGAUAAAUGUGGACUUCCUAUCCAGCUAUACGGACGGAUGAUCCCCUGCAAACAUGUGUUCUGUUAUGACUGUGCCUUGCUUCAUGAGAAGAAAGGAGAGAAGAUGUGCCCAGGCCUCACCAUGUUCAGCUGCACAGACCCGGUCCAGCGCAUCGAGCAGUGUCUGCGCGGCUCGCUCUACAUGUGCAGCGUCGUACCUGGAUGUAAACGCACGUACCUGUCCCAGCGAGACCUGCAGGCGCACGUGAACCACCGUCACAUGAGGGCCCCCAAAUCCUCCUCUGGCCGCCAGGACCCCGUCCACCUGCCCCCGCCUGCCUCCGAAGUCCUGGACCGUUUCCGCGUUCCUCCUCCUCACUUAGCCAAAAACCACGUCCACCUGCCCAACCCUCUGCAGCACGGCAGCCACGACCCUUACAACCAACCACCGCCACCUGCCGCUCACGAAGCCCCGCCCGCAAGCGCUAUUGGACCCGAGACAUUCCGCAUCGCCACCGUAACGACACGAAAACACAGCAAUCUCAUCACGGUGCCGAUUCACGACGACUCUUCUUCUUCACGUGAUGCUGGCCCGGGCCCCCCGCAGCAGCAGCAGCAGCAGCAGCAGCAGCAGCAGCAGCAGCAGCAGCCGCCCCCCCACCAUCACCCGGGGGAUUAUCCCGGUCAGCCGCCUGUAGGACCCCACUCCCACCACAUGAUGGCGCCACCACAGCAGCACUUUGGCCCCCCGCCUCCCCCACCACCUCCCAUUAAUCACCCCAUGCAGCAUCCUCCCCAGGCAUCAGGGACGCCUCACAUGGUGUACAACCAGGCCCCUCUUCCUCCCAUGUCCUCCGCUCCCCCGCCAAUCACCCCUCCACCGGGGCACAUCAUGGGUCAGAUGCCCCCCUAUAUGAACCACCCUCCCCCGGGACCCCCACCCCAACACAGCGGGCCCCCUGUGAACGCCCCACCGCCUCAUCACUACAACCCAAACUCCAUGCAGCAGUUUCCAGAGGACCAGGGCACUCUUAGUCCUCCGUUUACCCAGCCAGGAGGCCUCAGUCCUGGGAUGUGGCCGGCUCCCAGAGGGCCCCCACCUCCACGAAUGCAGGGUCCUCCUCUCCAGGGCCAAAUGCCCGGACCCCACCACCCAGAUCAGGGUCGCUACCGGCCUUAUUAUCAGUAAAACAGCCGACUGAAUGACCGGGAUCCUCCUGCUCCACACCACUCGUCUGAUAAUGUGAUCGUAGACCUCAGGGUUACAGCAUACACUGAGAAAACUGAACCGUUGACUUUCAUUAAACGUAUUAAGUCAACAGAUUCCACAUUAUUGUAUUGAGUUAGAAAAAAAUCAACUCUAACAUCAUACAAUUAUGUGUAAUUUGUUGACAUUUCAUUUAAAGUUAACGAUUGAGUUUUUUCCAAUAGGACUUUCAUUUUGAUACGACAUUUGCCCUGAAAUCUGUAAAUGCUGCACAUUUUAGUUGAACAUACAAUAGACUUUGAGGAGAGCAGCAAUGUCCUAUUUCUUUUUGUUUUUUAAAUAGUGUAAGGUAAAUAUUUCUGUAUAUAUGUCGGCUGAUUUCAUGCAUUGUGUACAUGUACAUUGAAAAAUGCUUACUGUGUCUCAAUAAAUUUUUAACAGCAGA